AUGGUAAUAUGUUUUCAUUAUAAUCGUUUGUUUUUAUUCAAACAUAUUUUACCAAAUAUAUUUUCAUCAUUAAAAUGUUAUUCUCGUACACCAACAGUAGUUCGUUAUCGUGCACAAUCAAAAAUGUUAAUUACACAAAAGAUUGAUACACCAGAAUAUCGAACAUUAUUAACACCAAAUUUAUUGAAAUUAGCUGAAAUAUUUAAAGCAAAUAAAUAUGAAUUACGUGUAGCUGGUGGUGCCGUACGUGAUAUAUUAAUGGGUAUUAAUCCACAUGAUGUUGAUUUUGCUACAACAGCAACACCUGAACAAGUUAAACAAAUGUUAACAAAAGAAAAUAUACGAAUGAUUAAUUUAAAUGGUGAAAAACAUGGAACAAUAACAGCUCGUAUUAAUGAUAAAGAAAAUUUUGAAGUAACAACAUUAAGAGUUGAUGUUGCUACGGAUGGAAGACAUGCUGUUGUACAAUAUACUCAAGAUUGGCAAUUAGAUGCUGGUAGAAGAGAUCUUACAAUAAAUGCUCUAUUUCUUGAUUUAGAAGGAACUGUAUAUGAUUAUUUCAAUGGAAUUGAUGAUCUCAAACAUCGUCGUAUUCGUUUUGUUGGUGAUCCUAUAGAACGUAUUCGUGAAGAUUAUCUUCGUAUUCUAAGAUAUUUUCGAUUUUUUGGUCGUCUUGCACAUGAUAAUGCACAACAUGAUGAAGCAACAUUAAUAGCAAUAAGAGAAAAUACUAGUGGUUUACGAAAUAUUUCUGGUGAACGUCUAUGGGUUGAACUAAAACGUAUUGCUGAAGGACGUAAUGCAGGUCCAGUAUUAAAAGUAAUGCUUGAACAGGAUAUUGGUCAAUAUCUUGGUAUACCUUCGAAUGCUGAUUUGAAUCAAUUAGAAGAACAUUGGAAAAAAUGUCAUCAAGCUAAUCCACAUGCUCUUACGAUUCUAACAAAACUUUUUCUCACUAUGGAUGAAUUAUCAAAAUUUGAACAACGUAUGAAAUAUUCCAAUGAUUGUCGUCGUUUAUCACAAUUAUUAGUUACAUAUCGUGAUUCAAUAUCUAUUCUUGAUUCAUCAUCAAUUGAUCCACUAAAACCAUAUAAAGACUUAUUGAUUGAUUUAUAUUUAUUUGAUCCAAAUAUAAAAGAAAAAAUAAUUGAAUUACUUAAAUAUCAAUAUUAUCUAAAUGAAGUUCAACAAUUAAUUGAUUGGACAAUACCAAGUUUUCCUAUAUCUGCUGGAAUGCUUGCUUUAAAAGGUAUUAAACAAGGACCUAAUUAUAAAGCAAUUCUUCAUGAACUUCGAGAAGCAUGGAAAAAAUCACAUUUCAAAGCGAAUGAAAAUCAAUUACUCGAUGAAACUUUACCAACAGUUUUAAAAAAUUUAACAAAAAUAGAAUCAUCAAUGAUAUCUAAUCAGAAGACAACUGUUAAUCCACCUGCAUUUGCACUUCCGAAAAGACAUACACCAAUCCCCACCUCACCUCCACUUAAUCAACAACAUUAUGAUUCUCAACAUCAAAUUUUUAAUGAACAAGGUCAAGAGAUCGGAUCAUUGAAUGUUAAUAAUAAUGAUGAAUUUAUAUUAGUUAAAAGAAACAAAAAGAAAAUUAAAACAAAUCAUCAACAUUAUCAACAUUAUCCACAACAUCAUGUAUUGCACCAACAUCAUCACCAACCUGACGCACCUACAAACAAAAAUAUUAUUACAACUAAUACAUCACUUCAACGUAAUUCUCUUUUACCAAGUACUAGUCCAACAUAUUCACAUAAUCAUGAAAUGGAUAUAAAAAAUGUUAUUUCGGAACAAGCUAUUCGAUUUGCACAAACACGUUUUCCCUUCCCACCCAUCAUUAUCAAAUUUGCACAAGAUGUCAACGAAAAUGUUAUUAUUAAAAGUAUCGAAAAACAUUUCAACGAACACUUUUAUAUGGAUUUAUCAAUUGCUGGACACAGAUUGAAAGGUAAACGUGAUCUCAUUUUGUUUGCAGGUAACAGAGAAUCAUUUGUUUUACUUUAUGAUGACAAAAAAUGGCCUCAACAUUUAAAUUCUAUUGUUUUUGAAAAAGCUGGUGCUAAACAUCUUCCUGCUCAAUUUUCUAUAAUAUUACGUAAUGUUCCAAUUGAUAUUAAUAUGGAUGAACUAUUGGUGAACAUAAAAAAUGAUUAUCCUGAUGUAGUUAAAGCUUUUCGUAUUUCAAAUAAAGAUGAAAAACCAACAACUUUAGUACGACUCGAUAUUAAGUGUAUCAAAAUUAUUGACGAACUAUUGAAGAAAAAAUUUAUGUAUGUUAAUAAUAUUAGAUAUACAGUUACUGAAUAUAUUAGCCCCGCUAAAGUGCUUGUCUGCACGAAAUGUUAUCAAAUAGGUCACUUUAGAGGUGUAUGUAAAAGUGAACUUCAAAUAUGUAGAACUUGUGGUACCAGUGUAAUGAAUGUUAAAGAUCAUCAAUGUGAUAAAAUUAAACGAUGCAUUCGUUGUAAUGGUCCACAUGAAGCAAGUGAUAAUCAUUGUCCAUUAAUAAAAGCAUACAGAAUAGAUUUAACAAGAUCGUUAUUAUCAACUUCUUCUAACAUUACAGGUAUGAACCAAAAUGUACAACAAAAUUAUAUAUAUAACAAAAAUGAUUAUCCUCAAUUGAAUGGUAAUAAAGAUGGUCAUCCAUGGUAUAAUGAUUCACUUACAGCUACUAAUCGACGAUUAGACGAACUUGUACAGAGGAUGGACAAGUUAAAUCAAAAUAUCAAUCGGAUAAUGGAUUUUAAUAGUAACUCUUACAAUCAACACAUUCAAAUUCAUCAGUUAAUUGUUAAACAAGAUCAUGAUAUUCAACUACAUCAAAUAGAUUUAUCCUUUCAACAUGAUUUUAUUAGCCAGUUCGUAUCACCAAGAUGUCAAUUGAUGCUUGAUGUUAUUCCGACGAUGAUAAAAAAAAAUCUAAUAAAUGAUAAAACAACAUUAGGACAAUCAUUAUUAUCCACGUGUGAAAAAUUAGGCAAUGAAUUACCACAAUGGAUGAAACGAUAUGCUGAUAAUGAAAACAUUAAAAUGAAAUUAAAAAAUGAUUUUAUAGAACAAAAACAAAAACACCUAGAAACAUCGAAUCCCGGUAAUAAUUCUCAACCAAUCCCCCAACUAUAG